CAGAUGUUAACUGUAAAUAUAGAUAUCUAUCGGUUUUUGAGGCAACAAUCUUCCCGCCUCCGUAGUUAGAACAUUUUGCCUGUAAUUGACUGACAUCAUACCUAAGGUAAAAAAAUUGUUAAAGAAAACAACAACAAAACAAAAGCAAUGUAGAAUCGUCAGUUCGGAUAAAAAUCACAAAAGGAAAAAAAACUCCCUACCACAAAAUCAUAGCAUCUAGAAAUCCAGAGUAGAAAGAUCAUUAUUUCAGGGUAUAAUCUACUUGAAAAUGGAAAAUAAAGUACAAAAUAUCAAAGGAUUAUUGUGAGCAAGCGUGUGAAAGUACAUUCUUUAAUAAUAACAACCGCAAGUUUUAAUUCGACGAACAAGAAAACAAUUGUAGACAAAACACAAAAGAAAUGUUCUCAGUUGAAUUAUGUAUUCCUUAUACUUUGCAAAAAGUAGUAUUUCAAAUGGAUUGAAUGUUAUAGUAUCAUUUCGGACAGCUUUAACGUUAAAUAAAUGAUAACAACAUGCAUUGUGCCUUUCCGUAGAUCCUGUGUGGUGAAUGUUUAGAUACUAUUAACAUUAUUCUGAUAGAGAUACUAUAUAUUUAUUGUGACAGUGUCGAAUAAGUUUAAUGCAUUCACUUAUCAUCAAUGAAAUUGUGUAUCUGUAACUUGAAUGGUAUGAUAAAGAUUUUACCAUGGAAAACAAUGGAUCUAUUUCAAACGUCACUGAUGAGGAGGAUGAUUACACAACAUAUGUUGAAUAUAAAGCUGGAGAAUUUAUCUGGCAAAUCAUGCCACCAAUUCUGAUAAUAUUAGGCACAGUUGGGAAUUGUUUAUCUAUCAUUGUCCUAACUCGACGGUCCAUUCGAUCUUCUACUACAGCUUUAUAUUUAAUUGUAUUAGCAUUGUCCGACCUUUUCGUAUUGUACACCGGACUUUUACGACAAUGGUUGAUACACUUGUUUGAAAUUGACGUAAGAAAAAUCGGAGAGUUUGGUUGUAAAUUAAACAUAUGGUUAGUGUAUAGCUCUUUGGAUUUUUCAGCAUGGAUAUUGAUCGCUGUAACACUAGAAAGAGUUAUUUCAGCCUGGCUGCCACACAAAGCUCGAACGCUCUGUACCAAAAAGUAUGCUAUAUCACUACUUAUAGCUAUUGCAGUUUUUAUUCUUCUCCUCAAUGCCCACCUUCUAUAUGGAAUGGUAUUCAUUUACCGUUUGAACGAGAAUGGUGUUACAAUUGUAGAAAAAUGUGUUGAAAUCAACGCAGACUAUCGCACGUUUUUCAACGUAUCAUGGCCUUGGAUAGAUUUUUGUGCCUUUUGUUUCAUUCCAUUCACAGUCAUUGUCAUCGGAAAUGCUUUGAUAUUAUUUAAAGUUAUAAAAAGUCAGAGAAAAGUACAAUCACGUGUUGUGCCUUCAGUUCAAAGUGGAAACAGACCAGUGAUACCAUCAAAGCAUACAGGCAAACAAUCUUCUAUGACCGCUAUGCUGUUUACUCUAAAUGUUGUGUUUCUUGUAAGUACUUCCCCGGUCAGUAUAUAUAAUAUUGGAUAUCCUUACUGGUCUGAAAAUGCAAGUGAACACAAAUUUGCUCAGUUAGACUUUUGGUGGGCAAUCGUUAAUAUGCUUAUGUAUAUGAAUAAUUCUCUAAACUUUCUCUUGUACUGUCUUAGUGGGACCAAAUUCCGUUUAGAAGUUGUUAGAAUAUUUUGCUCUUGGAGACGAGGGAACAAUAAUGGCAACUUGCAUAGGGCAGCUCAAUCAAGCUACACGCGUACAAAAUUUGACACACCAACAGCUACCCCAUCACCUAGACAUUCAGCUAUUUUCACUGUCAAUUCUUCUUUGUCUAACUCAAGUCAGCAGAUAAAUGUUGACACACCUGAAAUGAUACAGAAAAGUGGUAUGAAAACAUUUAAAAAUUCUAAUAACAGCCUUCAUCCAAAUGACGCUUUAAAGAUUACAAGUGUUAUAUCAUCAAGUAAAACAAGUUUGGAUUUAAAUGAUAAAAGUACAAAUAAUACUGAAAGAAAAAGACAUUGGCUUGACGGAUUGAAUAGAAAAAAGGUUUAUAGAAGCUGUGGAGAUCUAAAACAAGACGGAACCGGAAAUAAAGAGAACAUGAAGCAAAAUGACACUACAACCGAUAUAAACAAUGGUUCGGACAUUCAAACUAUCAGACGCAAGACCACCUCUGCAUCUUUAAAUAAUAUUCUUAAUCACAAAGAAUCAUUUCUUACUGACAUGACUGAGACUGGAGACAGAUUGACAGCUGAAAAUAAGUCAGGAAGGUCAAGGUCAGAAACGACACAUUCAUUAAAUGAUUCAACUGUAUGAAAAAAAACUUAUACAGUAGAUCAUAGGAAAAGCCUUGCAUUUGUGUAAUCAUAUUUUAAUGCGUUUAUGUAUAAUGAAUAUAACUUAAACAUUGUGAUCCUACGUGAAUCGUCUUUUAAAGGCACUAACUGUGCAAGCUUUAAAAUUUCUCGGACGAAAAUGAAAGGCUUUCAGAAAUGACUUAUAACGUAAACUUAUUUUGCAUCAAAUGGCUUUAUAAAAAUCUAGAAAAAGUGUAGAUACCUCAGAAGGACUGAAAACAACUGAAUAACAUAAAACUUGCAUACUCGAUUUUAUGGAGCUUGUUCAUGAAGGAAAAUGGCAAGAUCCGUCACGCUCUUAGCACCAGUAUUUGAUCUUCAACCAACACUUAAUGUGCUGGAAUUAAUGUUCCCGAAGGCUUUAAGUCAUUAAUUACCAAUCCCCUGUAUAAUCACCAUUUUACGAGCUAAAUCUUAUUAUAAAAUUAUGUUUCAUUUAAAACUUGCAUCAUGUAUAUGUAAUAAAAUAGAGAAAAAACAGAAUCCUUAAAGAAAGCCAUUGGAAAGUCAUAUUCCAAGUUCUUAACUAUAUAACAACUAACAAUAUAAAAACUUUCGAGACAACACAUUUUACAUAUUAUUUAACUGAAUAGUUUUUUACGUUACCAAAUUGUAUACAUGCAUUACUCGUCGCUUGUAUAAGAUUAAAAAAGAUGGUAAUAGACAAUACAUAAUGAACUUCGUUUUGAUAUUUUUUGUGUAUUAUGUUUCCGUUAUUACGCAGAUAUAAUCCAGUUGUGCUCAUUGUUUAGUCUAUCAAGAUUAACUAUUAAUUUGAGUAUCCCUUUCUUGAUUGUUUUCAAUAUUUUGAUUCCUAUUCAAUCUAUAUAUAAAAUUCAGUUUUAACCAUGUACUCAUAAUACCAUACACAAAUAUAGUACACAGUACGUUGAUAU